CGGCAAACCAAAGCUGCAAGGGCACUCGAACUGAUGGCGCGCUUGAGGCUCGCGGCCACAAGAAGCCGUUCCGCUGCCGCCGGCGACGAAGUUUAUUGCCUCACAAGUCCCACCCGUCUCGUGCGCUGCCUGUCAAGCGUCGGUCCGCCUGGGUGAGGCGGCGAGGCCCUAAGGUGUACUGGGACCCUCCUUGUUCUUGACCGAGAACUGGGUCGUGGUCCUGCUGACUCGCCCCCUAAGUGUCUUUGCGGCGUCAGUCGUCACCCCUAUUGUCUCUAUUGAACUCUACUAGAUCCAACAGGGACACCCUUUCGCGUUCUCGCACCCUAGGAGGCAAAAUACAGCCUCGUGUUGUAUCUGGAUGCUUUUCUCUGCCUCACUUUGCCUCCUUUUCUCACGUCCCCUCAUCACGGAGGUGUACUUCUCCCCCACGCCAGCAAGUGCUUCCAAAGACAUCUGUCGAAUCAGCUCCGUGCGGUCCAGAAGCAGGCGUGACUCUAGCUUUGAAAGAAAGAAGAGUAUCCUGCCUGAAGCAAAGCCGCACCAAGUUGGUUCAUCUAAGAACACUCGCGGUACAAUCUCCGUCCACCCCUCUGAAGCCCGAAGCCCACCACCCGAAUCAUGCUUGACUUCAUGUUGCUCGGCUACUUUGAUUCUAGCUUGUCCCUAAUGCUUUCAAUUUCGUCUUCCACCCCUCGAUUCCGUCUCGUCACUGCACUGGCUGGGCGACUAGCCAAGUCCAUUCUCUCUUAGCCUUGCCUCCUUAGCCUCGUCACAGUACUAGGAACUCUUACUCCCAACGAGUCGCCCCAAAUCAAGUCAUAUCCUUUCACCCUAUCACCCCCCCUUUCAGCACGCUGUGAAGCCACUAAAGGCAAUCAGUCCAGAGAUGUCAUGCAUUCUGUUUGACUCGGGUUUUCUUCUCGCUCGGGCUUUAAUUUCCAAACGCUACCCAAAUCUGAAGCUGUUCGGCUAGGUUCAUCGCCAGCGCUUCCAGUAUGGC